AUGAAGAUAAAACGGCAGAAAAGAAAAAAUAUUUCAAAGAAGCAAGAUGAGUUGACCGAUGAACAAUCUGUCAAUGAGUUAGAGCAAUCUCAGCAGACAUGUGAGAUUAAUAUAGGAAACCAGCAGCAGAAAAGUCAACAUGAGGACAGUAUUCAUUCUAAUAAAAGGCAUCAAAAGAGUGUUAGUGAUGCUCCAGUGAUGAAAAAAAAACGGGUCUCGCCUUCUACAGCUGUUCCUGGCAAAAGUAUUAUUUCAACGAAAAAAAACGAUAAAAAGAGAUUGCUGGGUUCAGACUCAAAGUUCAAACGCAAAACUAUAAAAAAAAAGAGCGUUUGUACCUCAUUAGACAUAUCUCAGAAUUGCGAUGAAAAGUCUGGAACAGCACAAGUUGAACUUGAGGCUUCCUCUAAUGCAGCACAUAAACUUGAUGGAGGAAAUGUGAAUGAAGUAUUGGAUAUUGGUGAGAAAAAAAGAAUUCGCAAGAACGGUGGCAAAGAUCUUAAAAAAGUCAAUGGAAGAGAAGAAUUGCAGGUAACACGAAAAGUGAAAGAAAAGUUACUCAACAUGACAAGGAAGGAACGUAAGAUCUAUAUUCAGGAGUUGCGGAGAAAGCAUAAACCGAAUUUCGAUUUAGCUCUUCGCUGCAAACAUUUGUGGGAGAAGUUGCGCAGAGGGAAAACAAGUGAAUCGGAACGAAAAAAAUUAUCUGCUGAAAUAUACGAUAUAAUGAAAGGAAAAGUAAAGGAAUUAAUAUUUGCACAUGAUACUUGUCGAAUUGUGGAAUGUUUAGUGACUAAUGGUGGAAAAGAUAUACGAACUGCUCUUUUUGAGGAGCUCGUGCCAGAGCUUAUUCACAUGUCGAAGUCAAAAUAUGCACGAUUUUUUGUUACAAAGAUGCUCAAAUAUGGAUCUUCUGCUCAACGCCAAUUGAUAUUCGAUGCUUUUCGUGGUCACUGUGUCUCCCUGUUUCGGACAUCUAUAUCAGCAGUGGUAUUAGAAACAGCAUAUAAUGAUUAUGCAAACGCACUACAACGUUAUAACAUUAUCAUAGAGUUCUAUGGAGCAGAAUUUGCAUAUUUUAAGGCUGCUGACAAUACAGUGCGCACACUUAAAGAAAUAAUUGCUGAUGAUCCAAAUCGGAAAUCAUCAAUCAUAAGUUAUCUUGGGAAAAUCCUUAAUGACGUUGUGAAGAAGUCUCAAAUUAAUUUGAGUUUGGCGCAUCGUUUGUUGAGUGAUUACUUUGAAUUGGCGGACUGUAACCAAUUAGAGGAGCUAGUUGAUUCGUUAAAGCUGCGCAUACCUGAGAUUCUUCAUACUAACGAUGGUGUUCGUACUGCAAUGAAGUGUUUGUGGAAUAGUUCUGCAAAAGACCGGAAGAUAAUACUCAAGAAUUUCAAAGGAUUAGUAGUGAAAACAUGCACGGAGAAGUUUGCACAUCGGUUUUUGAUAGCUGUUUUUGAUUCUGUUGAUGAUACGGUGCUCAUAGGAAAAUGUUUAUUAAAGGAAAUUUUGUCGAAUAUUGGGGAAAUUAUUAUAACAUCCUACGGUGUGAGGGUCAUACAUCAUUUAAUUCAUCCAAGAGAUCCUCGCUUUUGUUCUGCAUCACAAAUUGAAAUUUAUGAAGCGGGAGAUGGGAACUCCAACAGCAGAAAAGAUCCUAAGUUGCGUUAUUCAGAAUUAUUUGCAUACGUUAGAAAACCACUUUGUGUUUACUUUGCUCAGAAUAUGGAUUUUUUGCUUAGCAACCACCAUGCUUCGUUACUUGUUUUGGAUAUGCUAGAAGCGCCAACUGAUUUGGAUAAGUUUGAUAGGAGUAUAGAUGAAGAAGAUCGUGCAGCUUGUUAUGAAGCUAUAGCUCUUGCUUGUAGUCGAGAAUUCAUACCUAGUGAUUCUGAACAACUUCAUCCAAUAGAACAUCCACAUGCACACUUUACCAUUUCAAAAUUGUUGAAAAGUGAUUUGAAAUUCAACGUUAAACUCGGGGAUUUUAUUGUCAAACACUGCGGAAAUCAAAUAUCAUCUUGGGUUUCAUGCAAUAAAGGAUGUUUCGUAUUACUACAUAUGCUUGAAAAUGCUUCACAUGAAAUUCGAGACUUCCUUAUUAAAGCGCUCCCAUUAUCAGCAGUACAAAGGUAUCACACGAAGGGUGCCACUAUAUUAAUGCAAAAAUUGGAAAUGUAA